UUAAAAUUGUUAAUUUGUUGUAUGUCCCUCCAAAACAUCUUCGUCCAGCCGAAGAGCGGCCACCACCACCCAACCAACUACCCAUUACAACAAACCACAACCCCGAUUCAGAAAUCAGAAUCCACAGGCACAAACAAAGAAAGUGCCAGAAAAAUCAGACACAGGAGAAAACAAAUAUAAUAAAUAAAAGAAAGGAAACCAGCCGAGCAGAGAUUCCAGAGCAGAAAGAUACUCUCUUUAUCCCCUCACUCAUUACUCUCUCUAUUUCAAGCUCUCUGCUUUGUGGUUCUGAAUUUCAUUUCCAAAUGGAUUGUUGGUCUUCCCCUCUCGCUAUGGAUGAUGAGUUUGAGAAGCUUGUGAUUCGAAUGAACCCUCCCAGGGUUACAGUUGAUAAUGCCUCCAGCAGGAAAGCCACUUUGAUUAAGGUCGAUAGUGCAAAUAAGCGCGGGAGUUUGUUGGAGUUGGUUCAAGUUCUCAUUGACUUGAAUCUUAUAAUUCGUCGAGCUUACAUUUCUUCAGAUGGGGAAUGGUUCAUGGAUGUAUUUCAUGUCACAGAUCAGAAUGGCAACAAGCUAUUUGAUGACGAUCUUGCUGAACGUAUUCAAGUGUCGCUAGGACCUAAGGCACAUAGCUUUCGAUCCUUGAGAAGGUCCGUGGGUGUCCAAGCUGCCACAGAACACACAACAAUUGAAUUGACUGGAAGAGACAGGCCAGGCCUACUCUCAGAGGCUUUCGCUGUUCUGGCUAACCUCAAAUGUAAUGUGGUAGCAGCAGAAGUCUGGACCCACAAUUCAAGAAUGGCGUCAGUUGUCCUCAUUACUGAUGAGGCAACUGGAUUGCCAAUUGACAAUCCUGAUCAGCUUGCUAAGAUCAAACAACUUCUUCUUUAUGUGCUAAAGGGGGACAGAGAUAAACGGGGUGCAAACACUGCUGUUUCGGCAGGUUCCACUCAUAAGGAACGGAGGCUGCAUCAAAUGAUGUAUGCUGAUCGCGAUUAUGAUAUGGAUGACACAGAUUGCAAGUCAACAAGUGACAGGAGCAAACUUCUUGUAACUGUAGAGAAAUGUGCAGAUAAGGGAUAUACUGUUGUGAACUUGAGGUGCCCUGACCGUCCUAAGCUAUUGUUUGAUACUGUAUGCACGUUGACAGAUAUGCAAUAUGUGGUAUACCAUGGAACUGUCAUUGCUGAAGGACCAGAGGCUUAUCAGGAAUAUUAUAUCAGGCAUAUGGAUGGCUACCCUGUUAGUUCUGAAGCAGAGAGGCAAAGGGUAAUUCAUUGCCUGGAGGCUGCUAUCAAGAGGCGAACUUCUGAGGGCAUAAGACUAGAACUCUGUGGUGAAGACAGAAUUGGCCUUCUAUCUGAUGUUACUCGAAUAUUCAGAGAAAAUGGUUUAUCAGUAAGCCGAGCAGAGGUCACCACCAGGGGUUCCCAAGCUGUAAAUGCUUUUUAUGUGACUGAUGCAUCAGGAAAUCCAGUAAAGAGUGAAACAAUUGAGGCAGUUCGGAAAGAGAUUGGCCUGAUCACAAUGCUACAUGUGAAGGAUGAUGCCUACUCAAAAUCUCCAACCCAGGAGAGUGGGAAAUUCUCUUUGGGUAAUCUCUUUCGAACCAGAUCGGAGAAGUUCCUAUACAACUUGGGUUUGAUGAAGUCAUGUUCUUAAGCAUUAAUAAGUUUUUUCCCCUAACAAAGGAAAGGUGCUGUCCAUUAAUGCCUGUAGAUAUCAAGAAAUGUCUGCUUGGUUGUAGAUUUUGCCUGUAGAUAGAUUUUGCAGGUGAAUCCCUUGUUGAUCUUGGUCAGGCUUUGAACUUUCAAUAUUUCAACAAUUGCUAAGCUUCAUGUGUACAGUUCCUUAUGCUGUCUCUUUUUGUUCCAUGUUUGGUGUACAUAAAUCCUCUUGUUUCAUA